CUUUCGUAACAAUCACAAUUGGAUCAUUACAAUAUGACUGAAUGAAUUGCUUAUUUUCGAAUCUGGCUUUAGAGACUCUUUUGUACAAUGCAAUAAAUAACAAUGGAAAAAAUCGUAGUUCAAUUGUUCGGGCACUUGAAAAUCGUUCGCAUCGACAAAAAAGUGCAUGUUUGUUUUUUAUUCAUUUUGGUUAGAUUAGCGUCCAUUCCAUUCCAGGUGAUAAGAUAAAGCGUUAAAUUCGAUUGGAUUUGGUUUGAAAUGUUUCAAUUGACAAUAAUGGCAAACCCAAAUCAAGAAAUUAUUUACAAAAAGCUUUUCAUCAACAAUGAAUUUGUGGAUGCGCAAUCGGGCAAAACGUUUGUAACUUUGAAUCCUCAAACUGGAAAGCCGUUGGCAGAGGUCGCUGAAGCCGACAAGGCUGACGUUGAUUUGGCUGUAAAGGCAGCGAAGAAGGCAUUCGAACGGGGUUCAGCAUGGAGAGAUAUGGAUGCAUCGCAACGAGGACGGCUCAUCAACAAGUUAGCAGAUUUGAUUGAGCAGCAUAAAAGCGCAUUGGCCAAUUUGGAAGUGCUUGAUAAUGGAAAACCGUUUGCCGAAGCCGAUUUUGACAUUCAAUGCGCUAUCGACACGUUCCGCUAUUACGCUGGAUGGUGCGACAAAAUUCAUGGAAAUACAAUUCCAGCUGACGGUGGUAGUUUGGCGAUUACCAGCAAAGAACCAAUCGGUGUCGUCGGACAAAUUAUCCCAUGGAAUUAUCCCACGUUAAUGGUGAGUUGGAAAUGGGCUCCGGCACUUGCAGCCGGCUGUACAAUCGUGCUGAAACCAGCUGAACAAACACCAUUGAGUGCAUUGUAUGCGGCAGCUCUCACAAAACAGGCCGGUUUUCCGAGCGGUGUGAUAAAUGUUGUACCUGGUUUUGGCGAAACUGCUGGCCAUGCACUCGUCAUUCAUCCCGAUGUGCGUAAAGUUGCAUUCACUGGUUCCACGGAGAUUGGUCGUCUGAUUGCCGAAAAUGCAGCCAAAUCAAACUUAAAAAAAGUCUCACUGGAACUUGGAGGCAAGAGUCCAUUGGUUGUCAUGCAGGAUGUUGACUUGGAUGAAGCCGUUGAAAUUGCACACAAUGCAGUCUUUGCUAAUCAUGGUCAAUGCUGCUGUGCCGGUACUCGUACAUUCGUCCAAGAGACCAUCUAUGACGCAUUUGUGGCAAAGUCUGUUGAGCUCACACGCAAACGCAAAGUUGGCAAUCCAUUCGCUGAUGAUACACUGCAAGGUCCACAAAUCGACGCUGAAAGCCAGCAGAAGAUUUUAAAGUACAUUGAAUUGGGCAAUAAGCAAGGUGCCAAAUUGGAGUGCGGUGGAAAUAAAUGGGGAAACGAAGGAUUCUUCGUUGAACCAACCAUUUUCUCAAAUGUAACUGACAACAUGACCAUUGCUCAAGAAGAGAUCUUCGGUCCAGUUCAAUCAGUUAUAAAGUUCAAAACUCUGGAUGAGGUAAUUGAACGUGCCAAUAAAACAUCUUAUGGGCUGGCAGCCGGUAUUUUGACCAAAAAUAUUGAUUGGGCAUUGACAUUUGCUCGUGCUGUUGAAGCUGGUUCUGUAUGGAUCAAUUGCUACGAUGCUGUGACACCACAAACACCGUUCGGUGGCUACAAGCAGUCUGGUCAUGGUCGUGAGCUUGGAGAAGACGGACUUGAACCAUAUACGGAAACAAAAACGAUUUUGGUGAAAUUACCAACCAAAAACUAAAUCCUCUGAUAAAACAAAAAGAAUAUCCACUUUGAGGCUUCUUUAUAUACAAACACCAAAAAUUCUAUGCACAUUAUCUAUUAGCUUAUUCACAUUGAAAUUGAUCAUACUUUAUAGUAGUACUAAUCCUUUUUUGAGAUCAAAUUCUUUUUUUUUCCAAUCAAAAAUAAAUAAAAUGAAAUAUUUACCAAA